GCGGGGCCCGGCUUUCUGCCACUGGGAGCCCGCCGAGGUGCGGGCCUGAAGGAGCACUCUCGAGCAGAGGCGCUGCUGUGCUGAGUGCGACGCGCGCCCACCUCCAGGGGAAGGAACGGCGAGGCUGAGGACCCGGACCGUCGCGGAGAUGGAGCGCUGGGCGGCGGCGGCGGCGUGCACGCUUCUGCUGGCUUUCGCCGCCUGCCUGGCGCCAGCCAGUGGACGAGAAUGUCACAGUGAUGAGUUUCGGUGCGGCCAGGGGCAUUGUAUCGAUGCAUCCUGGAGGUGUGAUGGAGUCAGAGACUGCAUGGAUGGCACGGAUGAAAUUGGCUGCACUCGCUCUACUUGCCUUUCCACCCAGUUCCAGUGUCAGAGUGGAGGACUGUGCAUCCCUCUCUCUUGGGUGUGUGACGAUGAGGAAGACUGUCAGGAUGGCUCAGAUGAACAGCAGCACUGCCCUGGGAGAACCUGCUUAAGCCGUCAGUUUACCUGCUCCAAUGGUGAAUGUAUCCCAGAGGAAUACAGAUGUGACCAUGCCGUAGACUGCGUUGAUGGAACUGAUGAGAAAAACUGCCGAUACCCAGCAUGCGAGCAGCAGACUUGUGCAAAUGGAGCCUGCUAUAACACUAGUCAGAGGUGUGACGGGAAGGCUGAUUGCAGAGAUGUCUCUGAUGAACUUAACUGCACUCAUGGAUGCUCCCACUCUGAGUUUCACUGUGGCAGUGGGGAGUGCAUUGCUAAAGCCUACGUCUGCGACCAUAGCUUUGACUGUGAAGAUGGCAGUGAUGAACAUUCUUGCAGUUCUUAUAAAACCUGCUUCGGCAACGAGUUCACGUGCCCCAAUGGUUUCUGCAUUAAUCAAAAUUGGGUUUGUGAUGGAGAGGCUGACUGUGUAAAUAAUGCCGAUGAAGAUGGAUGUGAAAGCAGAAUUAGUCGUACUUAUGACUGUUACCCAAAUGAAUGGGCUUGUCCAAAGUCUGGAAAAUGCAUCCCCAUUACUAAAGUUUGCGAUAGGAUUUCAGAUUGUCCAGAAGGAGAAGAUGAAAAUAAUAUCACUGAAGGACGACACUGUGAUGUGAAUUUGUGUCCAUUCUUGGGCUGUGAGUACCAAUGCCACAAAUCACCAGAUGGAGGGAUGUGUUAUUGUCCCUCAGGUUUUGUUGUCAACCAAAAUAGCACUCGUAACUGUGUCGAUUUUGAUGAUUGCCAGAUGUGGGGAGUUUGUGACCAGAUAUGUGAAGAUCGAAUUGGCCAUCACCGGUGCCACUGUGUGGAGGGGUAUACCUUGGAGCACGAGCGGCGUUGCAAAGCUGAUGCUUCGUCUGGUGAGGCCAUGGUUAUCUUCUCCAACGGUCGGGAUUUGCUAAUGGGUAAUAUUCAUGGAAGUGCCUUUCAGAUCCUGGUAGAGUCUCAAAAUCGUGGAUCGGCUGUGGGUGUGGAUUUUCACUAUGCACUACAGAGAAUCUUUUGGACUGACACUGUGCAAAAUAAGGUUUUUUCAGCUAGCAUUAAUGGUUUAGAUAUCCAAGAAGUUCUCAAUGUUUCUAUUGAGGACCCAGAGAAUCUGGCUGUGGACUGGGUAAACAAUAAACUUUAUGUUGUGGAGACCAACAUCAACCGCAUAGACAUGGUAGACUUGGAUGGAAGCCAGCGGGUUACCCUUAUAACUGAAAAUUUGGGGCGUCCUAGAGGGAUUGCCCUGGACCCAACUGUUGGUUAUUUAUUUUUCUCAGAUUGGCAGAGCCUUUCUGGGGCACCUAAGAUAGAACGGGCUUUCAUGGAUGGCUCCAACCGGAAAGACUUGGUAAACAGAAAGCUGGGAUGGCCUGGUGGGAUAACCCUGGAUAUAUUAUCAAAUCGUGUUUACUGGGUUGAUUCCCGGUUUGAUUACAUUGAGACUGUAACUUAUGAUGGACUUCAAAGGAAGACAGUAGUUCAUGGAGGCUCAAACAUUCCUCAUCCCUUUGGAAUAAGCUUGUUUGAAGAUACUGUGUUCUUUACUGACUGGACAAAGAUGGCUGUAAUGAAGGCAAACAAGUUCACAGACUCCAACCCACAAAUAUACUUCCAGUCUUCCCUGAGGCCUUUUGGAGUGACUGUUUACCAUUCCUUAAGGCAGCCCUAUGCUGUCAGUCCAUGUGGAAAUAACAAUGGGGGCUGUCAACACAUCUGUGCCCUCAGCCACAGAACAGAUAGUGGGGGUUUGGGUUACCGCUGCAAGUGCAGGUUCGGCUACAUUCUGGAUACGGACGAACGCAACUGUGUUGCUGCUAAGCAGUUUCUCUUCUUUUCAUCUGAUGUGGCUGUUCGUGGCAUCCCGCUUACCGUGUCUAACCAGGCAGAUGUCAUCCUUCCAGUGACAGGAAGUCCUUCUGUCUUUGUUGGGAUUGAUUUCGAUGCCCAGGAGGGUGCCAUCUUUUUUUCAGAUACAUCAAAAGACCUGAUUUCUAAACAAAAGCUCGAUGGCACAGGAAGAGAAGUUAUCACAGCUAACAGGGUGCCAAGUGUUGAAAGUCUGAGUUUGGACUGGAUUUCAAAGAAUCUCUAUUGGACAGAUGCUUCUUAUAGGAGUGUCAGUGUCAUAAAGCUAGCUGAUAAAUCGAGACGCACAAUCAUCCAGAAUUUAAAUAACCCACGAUCAAUCGUAGUUCAUCCUAUUGCUGGGUAUAUAUUCUUUACUGAUUGGUUCCGUCCCGCUAAAAUUCUGAGAGCGUGGUGUGAUGGAUCUCAUGUUUUGCCUAUUGUAAACACUACUCUUGGAUGGCCCAAUGGGUUGGCCAUUGAUUGGGGUCCUUCACGACUGUACUGGGUAGAUGCCUUUUUUGAUAAAAUUGAGCACAGUACCUUUGAUGGUUCAGACAGAAGAUCCCUGGACCGUAUACAGCAGAUGACACAUCCAUUUGGACUUACCAUCUUUCAAGACCAUAUAUAUUUUACUGACUGGAGACUGCGUGCUAUUGUUCGAAUCAGGAAAACAGAUGGGAGAGAAGUGACAGUUCUCCGAGCCGGCGUCGGUAACGUAAUGCGUGUGAAAGUAUAUGAUGCCAACAUCCAAACUGGAUCUAAUGCCUGUAAUCGACCCACCAAUCCAAACGGCGACUGCAGCCACUUCUGCUUCCCAGUGCCAAAUUUCCAGCGGGUGUGUGGGUGCCCUUACGGAAUGAGUCUGACCUCCAAUCGCCUGACGUGUGUGGAAGACCCAUCCCGGGAGCCGCCCGUGGAGCAGUGUGGUAGCUUUUCCUUCCCUUGUAACAAUGGCAGAUGUGUGCCCACAUACUACCGCUGUGAUGGAGUUGACGACUGUCAUGAUAACAGUGAUGAAGUUCUGUGUGGCUCAUUUAAUACCUCCUGUGCACCUUCGGCGUUCUCGUGUGGCCAUGGAGAAGAGUGCAUUCCUGGAUACUGGCGCUGUGACAAACACAAUGACUGUGUGGAUGGCAGCGACGAGCAGAACUGCCCCACCCAGGAACCCACGUCCUGUCGGGCAAACUAUUUCACCUGUGACAAUGGCCUGUGUAUCCCGAUGAGCUGGGUCUGUGACACAGAUAAUGAUUGUUCGGAUGGAUCUGAUGAAAAGAGUUGCAAUCUUACAAACACCUGCUCCCCUAAUCAGUUUCGUUGCCCUAAUCAUCGAUGUAUUGACAUAACCUUUGUCUGUGAUGGGGAAAACGACUGUGUUGAUGGGUCUGAUGAGAGUGCUUGUGUUGUUAAUUGCACUGCUUCUCAGUUCAGAUGUGCCAGUGACAGUAAAUGUAUUAGCAACAUAUAUCGUUGUGAUGGUGUUUUUGACUGCAGUGACCACUCUGAUGAGAUAAAUUGUCAAACCAGGCCUCCUGGUAUGUGCCACCAAGAUGAAUUUCAGUGCCAAGCAGAUGGUACCUGCAUUCCGAAGAGCUGGGAGUGUGACGGGCAUGCAGACUGCCUCCAGGGAUCCGAUGAGCACAGUGGCUGUGCCAUCAAAACCUGCCCUUCAUCUCAUUUCCUCUGUGGCAACGGAGUCUGCAUCUUCAGAGAGUGGCUCUGUGAUGGGGACAAUGACUGCGGGGAUAUGAGUGAUGAGAAGGACUGCCCUACUCAGGCCUUUCAUUGUCCCAGUUGGCAAUGGCAGUGCCCCGGCUAUAGCAUCUGUGUGAAUCUGAGUGCAGUGUGUGAUGGCGUCUCUGACUGCCCCAAUGGGACAGAUGAGUCCCCACUUUGCAACCAGGAGAGCUGCUCAGAUUCCAAUGCUGGUUGUACUCACCAGUGUAUCCAAGGGCCCUUUGGAGCUCAGUGCCAAUGUCCAUUGGGAUACCUGCUUGCCAAUGAUUCUAAGACCUGUGAAGACAUAGACGAAUGUCGUAUUCCAGGCUUUUGUAGCCAGCACUGUUACAACCUGAGAGGUUCUUUCCGGUGCUGGUGUGAUACGGAAUACAGGUUAGACGCUGACAGCAGGACUUGCAAAGCUACAGCAUCUGAAAGUCUGCUGUUAGUUGUGGCAAGUCAGAACCAGCUCGUUGCUGACAACAUCACCAACCAAGUGCACUAUAUCCAUUCACUUGUCCAGAGCGGUUCUCACAUUGCAGCUGUUGAUUUUGAUUCAGUCAGUGGUCGUAUCUUUUGGUCUGAUGGAACUCAGGGUAAAAUCUGGAGUGCAUUUCAAAAUGGAACAGACAGAAAAGUAAUACUUGACAGUAGUGUCACCAUGACUCAAAGUAUUGCGGUGGAUUGGGUAGGACGUAAUCUUUACUGGACAGACUUUAUUCUGCAAACAAUUGAAGUCUCUAAACUGGAUGGGAGCCACAGGACUGUGCUGAUUAGUGAAAAUGUAACAAAUCCAAGGGGACUGGCAUUAGAUCCCAGAGUGAGUGACCGUGUGAUCUUCUGGUCUGACUGGGCCCGUCAACCUCGUAUUGAACGAGCCAGCAUGGAUGGCAGUCUGCGUACUGUCAUUAUCCAGGAGAAGAUCUUCUGGCCCAAUGGCUUAACUAUUGACUACCCCAACAGACUGCUUUAUUUCAUGGAUGGCUAUCUUGAUUACAUAGACUUUUGUGAAUACGAUGGAAGCAAUCGGAGGCAGGUGAUAGCCAGUGAUUCGAUUCUGCGGCAUCCAUACGCCCUAACUCUCUUUGAAGAUUCUGUGUACUGGACUGACCGCUCUACUCAAGAGAUUUUUAAAGCCAACAAAUGGCAUGGGGGGAACCUGUCGAUGGUAAUGUCUCUUCACCAGCCCCUUGGGAUUGUUGUGGUUCAUCCUGCAAAACAACCAGCUUCCAGAAAUCCAUGCGCCCAAGCCCACUGCAGCCAUCUAUGUCUGCUAUCCUCAGAGAGGCUUUACACCUGUGUUUGUCCUUCAGGGUGGAGGCUCUCUCAUGAUUCAAUGACAUGCAUGAGAGGUGAUGAGGCUUUCUUAGUAGUUGUUAGACACAGCAUAAUUUUUGGGAUCUCCCUUAAUCCUGAGGUGAAGUCCGACAACGCUAUGGUGCCUGUAUCAGGGAUACACAAUGGCUAUGAUGUGGAAGUUGAUACCUUGGAGCAAUUCAUCUAUUGGAUUGAAAAUCCAGGGGAGAUUCACAGGGUGAAGACAGAUGGCACCAACAGGACGGUCUUGGUUCCGCUGUCUAGGCUGGGGUCUGCCACGAGCCUGGCCUUAGACUGGCUAUCAAGAAACCUUUAUUAUACCGAUCAUGGAACUCGUUCAAUUCAGGUUUUGACACUCCGAGGAGAUGUCAGAUAUGGAAAAACAUUGAUUACCAAUGAUGGGACAGAUCUUGGAGUUGGUUUUCCAGUUGGCUUAACUAUUGAUCCUGUUAAUGGGAAGCUGUACUGGUCAGACCGAGGAACUGACAGCGGCAUACCUGCCAAGAUUGCCAGCGCGAACAUGGAUGGCACGUCUCGGAGAACUCUCUUUACUGGGAACCUUGAGAACCUGGAGUUUAUCACCCUUGAUAUUGAGGAGCAGAAACUGUACUGGGCGGUCAGCAGCACAGGAGUGAUUGAAAGAGGAAAUGUGGAUGGUACAAAUCGAAUGAUCCUGGUAAACCAUCUUUCCCACCCCUGGGGAAUUGCUGUCCAUGGCCCCUUCCUUUAUUAUACUGAUGAUCAGUAUGAGGUCAUUGAAAGAGUUGACAAGGCCACCGGCGCCAACAAAAUAGUCCUGAGAAAUAAUAUCCCAAAUCUCAGGGGCCUUCGAAUUUAUCAAAGACAUGACUCCGAAUCCUCAAAUGGCUGUAGCAACAACAUGAACGCCUGUCAGCAGAUUUGCCUGCCUGUACCGGGAAGACUGUUCUCAUGUGCCUGUGCCACCGGAUUUAAACUCAAUCCUGAUAAUCGGACCUGCUCUCCAUAUAACUCUUUCAUUGUUGUUUCCAUGCUGUCUGCAAUCAGAGGCUUUAGCUUGGAAUUGUCAGAUCAUGCAGAAGCCAUGGUGCCAGUGGCAGGCAGAGAGCGAAAUGCACUGCACGUGGAUGUGGAUGUAUCUUCUGGCUUUAUUUAUUGGUGUGAUUUUAGCAACUCUGUGUCAUCUAAUAAUGCAAUCCGUAGAAUCAAGCCAGAUGGGUCUAGUUUUACCAACAUCAUUACAGAUGGGAUCGGAGAAAAUGGAGUCCGGGGUAUUGCAGUGGAUUGGGUAGCAGGAAAUCUUUAUUUCACCAAUGCUUUCAGGUCUGAAACAUUGAUAGAAGUUCUAAGGAUCAAUACCACCCUCCGCCGUGUUCUCCUUAAAACCACAGUGGAUAUGCCCAGGCAUAUCGUUGUAGACCCCAAGAACAGAUACCUCUUCUGGGCCGACUACGGGCAAAACCCAAAGAUUGAACGUUCUUAUCUUGACUGUACCAAUAGAACUCUGCUUGUGUCAGAGGGCAUUGCCACACCACGGGGCUUGGCAUUGGACCAUAGCAGUGGCUAUGUUUAUUGGGUUGAUGAUGCUUUAGAUGUAAUUGCAAGAGUCAGCAUCGAAGGAGGGGAAUCUCAAGUGAUUCGUUUUGGCGGCCGUUACCCAACUCCUUAUGCCAUCACCGUAUUUGGAAAUUCUAUCAUAUGGGUGGACAGGAAUUUGAAAAAAAUCUUCCAAGCUAGCAAGGAGCCACAUAACACAGAUCCACCAACAGUGAUAAGGGACAAUAUCAAUUGGCUAAGAGAUGUGACCAUCUUUGAUCAGCGUGUCCAGCCCCGGUCACCAGCAGAGGUCAACAACAACCCUUGCUUGCAAAAUAAUGGAGGAUGCAUCCAUUUCUGCUUUGCUCUGCCUGAAUUGCAUACCCCACAAUGUGGCUGUGCCUUUGGGAUCCUGCAAGGUGAUGGCAGAAGCUGUGCCAUUUCACCAGAAAACUUCCUCAUCUUUGCCCUGGAUAGUUCCUUGAGGAGCUUACACUUUGACCCUGAAGACUAUAGCCUACCUUUCACAGAAAUCAGUGUGGAAAGAAGGGCUGUGGCACUAGACUAUGACAGCAUAGAUAACAGAAUCUACUUCACACAAUUUUUAAGGUCUGGAAAAGGCCAGAUUUCCUAUGUCAACCUGAAUUCAGGGAGCAUUUCUUCCACUGUUGUUGCUUCAGACUUAGGGAGUCCUGAUGGCAUUGCCUUUGACUGGAUCAAUAGAAGAAUUUACUACAGUGACUACACCAACCAGUCAAUUCAGUCCAUGGCCACGGAUGGGUCUAAGCGCACUGUGAUAGCCCGAGUCGAAAGGCCAAGAGCAAUUGUGUUAGAUCCUUGCCAAGGGUACAUGUACUGGACUGACUGGGGUACUAAUGCCCAAAUUGAAAGAGCCACACUGGCAGGAAACUUCCGGCAAUCUGUGGUGAACACUGACCUGGUCUGGCCCAACGGGCUCACUCUGGACUAUGAAGAAGGCUUUCUCUACUGGACAGAUGCCAAUCUGAAGAAGAUUGAGCGCUGCACUGUAACAGGCAUGGAGCGAGAGGUCAUUGUCAGCAGAGUUGAUUUUCCUUUUGGCUUGACUGUCUAUGGCCAGUAUAUUUACUGGACUGACUGGAGCUCUCAAAAAAUUUACAGAGCUAACAAAUAUGAUGGGUCAAGUCUGACCGCAAUGACCACGAGUCUUCCCUCCCUGCCUAAGGGUAUUUGCGCUGUCGUGAAGGACCAACAGCAGUGUCACAAUCCUUGCAGUCAGUUUAAUGGGGGCUGCAGCAAUAUUUGUGCACCAGGUCCAAAUGGUCCCGAGUGCCAGUGUCCACAAGUGGGCCGAUGGUACCUGGCCAACAACAACAAGUACUGCAUCCCGGACAAUGGCACAAGGUGUGAUAGUUCCAAGUUCACCUGCCUCAGUGGGAACUGCAUCCCACAGCAGUUGAAAUGUAAUGACAUCGAUGACUGUGGUGACAGCAGUGAUGAGCUGGAAACUCUCUGUGCAUUUCACACCUGCCCUUCGACAUCCUUCACCUGUGCCAAUGGGCGAUGUGUCCAGUAUAGUUACCGCUGUGAUCACUACAAUGACUGUGGUGACAACAGUGAUGAGGCGGGGUGCCUGUUCAGGGCUUGUAACGAAACCUCGGAAUUUACUUGUCAUAAUGGAAAGUGCAUCCCUCUUCAGUUUGUCUGCGAUGGUAUAGACCACUGCCAUGAUAAUAAUACUUCAGAUGAGAAAAAUUGCUCUCAUCGCACUUGCCAGUCCGGAUAUGUAAAUUGUCUGAAUUCAAGUGUGUGUAUUCCUCGUACUUUCUUAUGUGAUGGAGACAAUGACUGUGGAGAUAUGAGUGACGAAAACCCCAUUUUCUGCGUCUCUGAGACGUGCAACAGCAAUGAAUUCCACUGCGCAUCUGGGCCCUGUAUUCCUAGCUUUUGGUAUUGUGAUAAAGAAAGAGAUUGUUCUGAUGGCUCUGAUGAACCUGCCACUUGUGAGUAUUCUGAGAUAACAUGCUCAAGUGAUGAAUUCAAGUGUGACAGUAACAGGUGCAUCCAAAUAGAGUGGGUCUGUGAUGGUGAUAAUGACUGUGGGGACAUGAGUGAUGAGGACGAAAGACACCACUGUGAGAAUCACAGCUGCUCCAGUUCCGAGUUUCACUGUGUAAAUAGUGUGCCCCCAUCCAGGAGGUGCAUUCCUCAGUCUUGGGUUUGUGAUGGCGAUGCCGAUUGCUCUGACGCCUAUGAUGAGCACCAGAACUGCACCAGAAGAACCUGCUCUGCAAACGAAUUCACCUGCACUAAUGGACUGUGUGUCCCGGACUGGUUCAGGUGUGACCGGCGCAAUGACUGUGGCGACUACAGUGAUGAGAGGGACUGCACGUAUGCUACCUGCGAUGAGCACCAAUUUACCUGUCAGAACGGGCUCUGCAUUAGUAAGGCCUACGUCUGCGAUGGGGAGAAUGACUGUGGAGACGACUCUGAUGAGCUGGAGCACCUCUGCCACACCCCAGAGACCACCUGUCCCCCUCACCAGUUCAGGUGUGACAACGGGCACUGCAUCGAGAUGGUGAAAGUCUGCAACCAACUAGAUGACUGUUUAGACAACAGUGAUGAGAAAGGAUGUGGUGUUAACGAGUGCAAUGAUGCUUCACUCAGUGACUGCGACCAAAACUGCACAGACACCUUAACCAGCUUCUAUUGUUCCUGUAAGCUUGGUUACAGGCUGCUGCCUGACAAGCGGACCUGUGUUGAUAUUGAUGAAUGCAAGGACACACCCUUUGUCUGUAGCCAGGAGUGUGAGAACACCUUGGGAUCUUACAUCUGCAAGUGUGCCCCAGGCUACAUCCGCGAACCAGAUGGAAAGAGCUGCCGGCAGAACAGCAACAUCGAGCCCUAUCUCAUUUUUAGCAACCGUUACUAUUUGAGAAAUCUAACCAUAGAUGGGUCUCUUUACUCCCUCAUUUUGCAAGGACUGGGUAAUGCUGUGGCAGUGGAUUUUGACCGAGUAGAAAAGAGAUUGUACUGGCUUGAUAUAGAGAACAAAGUCAUUGAGAGAAUGUUUCUGAAUAAGACAAACAGGGAGACAGUCAUAAAGCACAAUCUACCAGGUACAGAAAGUCUGGCUGUCGACUGGGUUACCAGAAAGCUCUAUUGGGUGGACUCCUACCUGAAUUGCCUUUCUGUCUCUGACCUCGAUGGUCGAUACCGCCGCAAGCUGGCCGAGCACUGUAUGGAUGCCAACAACACCUUCUGCUUUGAUAAUCCCAGAGGAAUUGCCCUUCACCCUCAGUAUGGGUAUGUCUAUUGGGCAGACUGGGCUGACCGAGCAUACAUUGGGAGAGUAGGCAUGGAUGGAACCAGUAAAUCUGUGAUUAUCUCCAACAAGAUAAAGUGGCCCAAUGGCAUCACCAUUGAUUACACCAAUGAUCUGCUCUACUGGACAGAUGCCCACCUGGGUUACAUUGAGUACUCUGAUUUGGAGGGCCGCCAUCGGCACACAGUGUAUGACACCAGGACACUGCCUCACCCCUUCGCUCUUACCAUUUUUGAAGACACUAUUUAUUGGACAGACUGGAAUACGAAGACAGUUGAAAAAGGCAACAAAUAUAAUGGGUCAAAUAGAGUGGUGCUGGUGAACACAACACACAGGCCCUAUGACAUCCGUGUGUAUCAUCCAUACAGGCAGCCAAUUGUGAAUAAUCCCUGUGGUACCAACAAUGGUGGCUGUUCUCACCUCUGCCUCAUCAAAGCAGGAGGAGGUGGAUUCACUUGCGAGUGUCCAGAUAACUUCCACACCUUCCAGCAUGGUGACAGCACCCAGUGCUUGCCCAUGUGCUCCAGCACCCAAUUCCUGUGCGCUAACCAUGAAAUGUGUAUUCCUAUCUGGUGGAAAUGUGACGGGCGGCAAGACUGCUCGGAUGGUUCCGAUGAACCCACCACUUGCCCGCAGCGCUACUGCCGGCUAGGACAGUUCCAGUGCAUGGACGGCAACUGCACCAACCCGCACGUCGUAUGCAACGCGCACCAGGACUGCCCUGAUGGGUCUGAUGAAGACUUUGUUCUUUGCGAGCAUCACCAGUGUGAGUCCAAUGAAUGGCAGUGUGCCAACAAGCGUUGCAUCCCGGAAUCCUGGCAGUGUGACUCGGAGAAUGACUGUGGCGAUAACUCGGAUGAAGACAGUUCCCACUGUGCCAACAGGACCUGCCGGCCGGGCUAUUUUAAGUGUGCCAAUGGCCACUGCAUCCCUCAGAGCUGGAAGUGUGAUGUAGACAAUGAUUGUGGAGACUACUCAGACGAGCCCAUCCAGGAGUGCAUGAGCUCGGCCUAUCGCUGUGACAACUAUACAGAAUUCGACUGUAAAACAAACUACCGCUGCAUCCCCCAGUGGGCUGUGUGCAAUGGUUUCGAUGACUGCAGGGACAACAGCGAUGAGCAAGACUGUGAGUCGAUGACAUGCAAACCUUCGGGAGAAUUUCGCUGUACAAAUCACCGCUGCAUCCCUCUUCGCUGGAGGUGUGACAGGCACAAUGACUGUGGAGACCACUCCGACGAGGAAAACUGCGCCCCCCGGGAGUGCACAGAGAGCGAGUUUCGAUGUGCUGAUCAGAGCUGCAUUCCUUCUCGAUGGAUCUGUGACCAAAACAAUGACUGUGGGGACAACUCGGAUGAGCGGGACUGCGAGAUGAUGACCUGCCAUCCUGGAUAUUUUCAGUGUGAUAGUGGGCACUGCAUUCCUGACCAAAUGAAAUGUGACGGCCUUGCCGACUGUCAUGAUGCCUCUGAUGAAGCCACCUGUCCCACCCGCUUUCCCCAUGGCGCAUACUGCCCGGCUACUAUGUUUGAAUGUAAAAAUCACGUUUGUAUCCAGUCAUCGUGGAAGUGUGAUGGUGAUAAUGACUGUGGCGAUGGUUCUGAUGAAGAGCUUCAUCUGUGCUUGAGUGUUCCCUGUGAUUCAGCACAGCGUUUCCGGUGUGACAACAAUCGCUGCAUUUAUCGUCACGAGCUGUGCAACCAUGAGGAUGACUGUGGAGAUGGAAGUGACGAGAAAAAGGAGAACUGUUUAGAACCAACGCCCAGACCUUGUACAGAAGAUGAAUUUAAGUGUAGCAAUGGACGUUGCAUUUCACAGCACCUGGUGUGUGAUGAUGUCGAUGACUGUGGUGACCAUUUUGAUGAGACAGGGUGCAAUACAGGAAAAGAAAGAUCAUGUGCUGAAAAUCUAUGUGAACACAACUGUACCCAAUUAAGUGGAGGAGGAUUCAUCUGCUCCUGUAGACCUGGGUUCAAAGCCAGUAGUUUGGACAGAAACUCCUGUGAAGACAUUAACGAAUGUGAGCAAUUUGGGGUCUGUCCCCAGAACUGCCACAAUACCAAAGGAAGUUACGAGUGUUCCUGUGCCCAAGGCUUCGUGUCUCUGAGUGACCACUAUGGACAACGGUGUGCAGCUGAUGGUAACCCUCCUUUGCUGCUACUGCCUGAAAACGUGCGAAUUCGAAAAUACAAUCUCUCAUCUGAGAAGUUCUCGGAUUACCUUGAAGAUCAGGAACGCAUUCAGGCCAUCGAUUAUGAUUGGGAUCCCGAGGGCAUCGGCCUCAGUAUUGUAUACUACACUGUGCAAGGGCAUGGCUCUAAUUUUGGUGCUAUCAAACGUGCCUACAUCCCCAACUUUGAAUCUGGUGGCAAUAAUCCUAUGAAGGAAGUUAACCUGGAUCUGAAAUACAUAAUGCAGCCAGAUGGAUUAGCAGUGGACUGGGUUGGAAGGCAUAUUUACUGGUCAGAUGCCAAGAGUCAGCGGAUCGAGGUGGCAAAACUUGAUGGAAGAUACAGAAAGUGGCUGAUUUCCUCUCAGUUGGAUCAACCAGCUGCGAUAGUUGUGAAUCCCAAACUAGGGUUUAUGUACUGGACUGACUGGGGCAAGGAACCUAAAAUCGAGUCUGCUUGGAUGGACGGGCAGCAUCGGAAAGUCCUGGUUCAGGAGGACCUCGGCUGGCCCACUGGCCUUUCCAUAGAUUAUGUGAACAAUGACCGGAUCUACUGGAGCGACCUCAAGGAGGACGUUAUUGAAACCAUAAAAUAUGAUGGGACUGAUAGGAGGAUUGUUGCAAUGUCAGCAAUGAACCCUUACAGUCUGGACAUCUUUGAGAGCCAGUUAUACUGGAUAUCUAAGGAUAAGGGAGAAAUAUGGAUCCAAGAUAAAUUUGGGCGAGAUGAGAAAGAGAAAUUGCUGAUAGUGAACCCUUGGCUAACUCAAGUUCGAAUCUUCCAUCAACGGAGAUAUAAUCAAUCAGUGCCCAACAGCUGUAAAGAGGUCUGCAGCCACCUGUGCCUCCUGAGACCUGGAGGAUACACCUGUGCCUGUCCCCAAGGCUCCAGAUUUACAGCUGGGAGCGUCACCGAGUGUGAUGCAGCCAUCGAAAGCCCUAUCCUCAUGCCCCAUCCAUGCAGGUGUAUGAACGGCGGAAACUGCUAUUUUGAUGAGAAAGACCUCCCCAAGUGCAAGUGUCCUAGUGGCUACUCGGGAGAAUAUUGUGAAAUAGGGCUUUCAAAGGGCACUCCUCCAGGAACAACAAUCGCCGUGCUGUUGACAGUCAUCCUGAUCAUCAUCAUUGCAGUAUUGGCGACAUUAGGAUUUUUCCACUAUAGGAAAACUGGCUCCCUGUUCCCUUCUCUGCCCAAGCUGUCAAGCUUAAGCAGUCUUUCCAAAUCCUCUGAAAAUGGAAAUGGGGUGACCUUCAGAUCAGGGGAAGAUGUUAGUAUGGAUAUUGGAGUGUCUGGUUUUGGGCCUGAGACUGCUAUUGACAGAUCAAUGGCGAUGAGUGAACAUUUUGCCAUGGACUUGGGAAAGCCGCCCAUAAUAUUUGAAAACCCAAUGUAUGCUUCCAGGGACAGUGCCAUCAAAGUGGUUCAGCCAACAACAGCCCCGGUAACUGAAUCCCGAAAUGUGUAUAACAAAAACUAUGGAAGUCCCAUAAACCCCGAUGAAUUAGUUCCAGACCCAAAGUCAACUUCCCCAAGUGCUGAUGGAACUCAGGCAACAAAAUGGAAUAUCUUCAAACGAAAACCAAAACAAAAUGCCAAUUUUGAGAAUCCAACCUAUUCUGAGAUGGAUAAUGAGCCAAAGGUCAGUGCUACUGUGACCCCACCUCCAUCACCUUCACCUGCUGCUAAGACUUCUGGGAAAAAAGGCCCCACUCCAACCUACAGUGCAACAGAAGACACAUUUAAAGACACUGCAAACCUUGUUAGAGAAGAUUCUGAGGCAUAGCUGUGCCAGCUAUUUAGGGAAUAAUUAGAAACACACAUUUGCACAUAUAUUUUUUACAAACAGAGGAAAAAAUUAACAUUCAGUACUUUAUUAAAAAAAUAUAUAUUUUCCCCCUGUACUCUUAUAGUUGGAUGUGUCCAUGGAAGCAGUCCUUUGUAUGUCUUUUUUACUUAUGCCAUCUUAUAUUUUUACAAAUAAUUAUCACAAUGUACUAUAUGUAUAUCUUUGCACUGAAGCUGUCUGAAGGUAAUGCUAUAAAUAUAUUGUACAUUUGUAAAUUUUGGAAAGAUUAUCACAUCAUUAAAUUUGCUAAUGAAAGUAUCUGCUGAAUUGGUUGGUGAUCGUUACAUUAAAUGAUCCAGUGAAGAAAAGAAUUGACUUGGGGCCUUUAGCCAUGUCAAAAGAAGAGGUAUCACUCGUAUUCUCUGUAGAAUUAUCAAGGGAAUCCAGGCCCCACUCUUGGGGCCAUUUUCACACAUCAGCACUUAAUGUUCAAUAGUACAUGUAACCUCAUUAAUAGCAUAUUGACAGAGGUGCAGAUAACACAGAAGGUAGAAAAAGCAAUUCAGUUUCACCCUUCUGCAUGUUUGCAUUAUCUAACCAAGACACUGUUUCCUAUGUGUUCUCUCACUCGCUGCCAGGUCAGCAUUUUAAUUUUAAUGCCUGAGAAAAUCCUGUGUCAUGAAGUGUCCUGCAAAGAGUUUGUAUGCAAUCGAAUGAACUCUCAUUUAAUGGACCCUGGGAUGGCUUCCACCGUUGCCUGCAUCUCAGGGGGUCACCUACCCUAGAAACCGGAGCUCAGGAGCUCAGUUACUAAAAGCAAAUCUGUGUCUUCGUAAAGGAAGGAGCGAAACAAAUACCGGUUAAGCAAAGCCUCAGCUGGGUGUUUGUGUUUCUGUGUGUGAAAAUUUCCUUGUAAUGACUAUUUAUUUCCUCCAUUGAACAUGAAUAGAAAGGGAAACCGUCCUUACUGAGCCUUUUUUAGGUCCUUUGGCAAAAUCGUACAUUUGUAUCAGAAUGUCCUGCAGAGCCUUGCUCUCCUCCUGAAUAGCAGCUAUAGUCCCUGCAGUGUGAACCCUGGCAGGAAUACAGUCUCCGUACCAAGUAGCAUUCCCGGCUCUCUGUGCUACUAUUGCACGUUUUAAAACAAUGAAUGAAUGAAUGGAUGGAUGGAUGAAACAUAUACUACUGAUUAUUUUAUUUCUGAGUUCUCAAAAUAUUUUUGCUCAUAUUUUGAGUGCUUAUUGUAAUUACUUUGAAAUGUACUUUGAUUAGAAAGGCAAAUGGAAAUGAUGCUGCUAAAAUUUUUCUAAUAAAUGUGUAUUUUAUCAAA